CAAGAAGAUAAUUGUAAUCAUGAAAUUAACGAUGAUGAAAUUAAUGAGGAAACAGAAGGAUCUGCAUCUAGUGACCUGCACUCAGUCAAUGAUAUAGCCGAUAUGCUCAAUCAAGCAACUCUAAUGAAAAACGCCAGUGGUAAUCAU